CUUAAUUCCAGCUCUUCCACCGGUGGAAAGUAGAAGUAGUUGUUCGACCCCCGGUCGCCGCUUUAUCACCGCCCCGCCCCGCCCCGCCCGGCAGUGAAGUGUGCACCAGUUUGUGUUACCUGAACCCACGACGAGAGAGACGAAACAGGAGGAGCUUCGCUGACGUCCGCACCUGACGAGGAAGUACCGUUCGAGUGGAUCACCUUUUGGGAACCUUGCUUCUGUGUGGCCUUUUAGACAAAACAAUGAAGAUGUUUUCCGGUCGCUUGGUUUGGGUGCUCUUCGUGUUCGCGCCCGCGGCGACAGGUGUAAGUGGCUUUUCAGUUACCACUUCCGAUGCAAACGUGCAAGUUAAAGAAAAUGAAGGGGUUGAUCUUACAUGCUCUUAUUCUGCGGACUUUGGUUCAAGUGCGAGGGUGGAGUGGAAGUUCAAGGACCUUACAGGGUCACAGAAAUAUGUCUAUUAUGAUGGGAAACCCACAGCACCAUAUUCCAACCGUGUCACGAUGUAUGGCAGCAAUCUGAGAUUCAGCAAGGUGACCCGUAACGAUAAUGGAGUGUACGACUGUGAGGUGUCUGGUGUCAAUAGCCAGUUUGGGGAGGCCAGGGUGAAACUCACAGUUCUUGUACCUCCGUCACCACCCUUGUGUCGGAUCCCCACCUCAGUGACAACUGGCAAGAGUACUAUCCUGUCCUGCCACGAUGGCGACGGCUCACCCCCUCCGCAGUACAAGUGGUACCGAAACGACGUCCUCCUGCCACCUGAGCCCAGCAAGAUUUCCGGCUUCCAGAACAGUACCUAUAUGCUGAACUCUGCGAAUGGCAACCUGGAGUUUCCCUCUGUCAAAAAGAUGGAUACGGCACAGUACUCCUGUGAGGCUUUCAACAUUGCUGGUCCUCCUCAGCGCUGUAGAGCUGUGAAAAUGGAAGUCCGUGACAUAAACACCGGAGGCAUUGUUGCUGGGGUAAUUGUGGCUCUGCUGUUGCUUGUCCUGCUCGCUCUGGGAAUUUGGUAUGCUCACAAGAAAGGAUACCUGCCUCGAAUGACUGAAAGCAAGCAAAAAACCAACGUGGUGUACCAGCCACCUUUGGUGUAUGAUGGUGAGGAGGAGGAUGAUAGCGAGUUCAAGCAGAAGUCAUCGUUUGUGGUGUAGUCUUCAAGCACCAAGCCUUGCUGGUUUUAAUUGUUUGAGUGUGCUUUUGCUGUUUUUACAUGCCAUCUUCACACUUUUUGUAUAAUAUGGUAGAUCCUGUUCAGUUUUUACCAUUCUGUAAAUAUAGCAUUUUUCGUUCAUGCUGUUUGUAAAAUCAGUCCUCCUUACCGGCCUUUUGUGUGACAGCCAGACUUUGUAAUAUUUUCGAUUAACAUUGCAUUUAAAAUACUGUACAAUUUCUUGCAGAAAUAAAUUUGUUACGUUCUCAAA